UCAGAAUCGAUUGAUCAUGGGCAACAGCCACUCGGGACAACUGAGCGCGAGAGAGCUCGAGGAACUCAAGGGCCCGUUCAGUGAUGCGGAAUUCGACGCGCUCCAAGCGCUUGUGGCAGAAUCUGAUGCGAACAAAGGCGCGUUCUUGGAGCGCUUCUCGUUGGGUCCGUUGCGCGGCGGCUCGUCGGACCAUGUGCUGAACGACUUUGGCGAUGUCUUGUACAAGUCUUUUGCGCGCACUGACGGAGACACGUGUGCAACCAACAAUCACCUAACCAUUGUCCACGUCGCCAAAGCCGCUGCCGAUUGCAUUCGGUCGUCGUCGACGACUGUUUUGCGCGCAUUAGUCUCAAUUUUGAAUCCGUCCCUCGAACUGUCGCCGCCGGAGCUCCACCAACUCUUCAUGGUGUGCAUGCUCAUGGCGGACGAUUCCAACUCUUCGUCACCCGCUGGCACGCCGAAAGACGUCCGUGAAUUCAUUCCCAUGGCUACGUCCAUGGUCGACGCGUUCCAGCUCCAUUCAUCGCACAUCACGCCGUCGACUCUGGCGGCAUGGAUUCCCACGCACGCACCUCUCCUGCACACGGUAUUUUCGUCGUGGAUGAGUCGCAAGUGCCUCGGUGUCCAUUCCAAGGUGUCGUAUGUGGCACCGCGGCUGUCCCAUCCGUCGGACAUCUUGUCGCGAGGAGAAGCCUUGGCGCUGUCGAUGCAAUCGGUGCAGCUCCAAAAUAACUGGGAUCGACUCUACACGAGUACAGAGGACGGCUUGAGUUUCAACCGGUUGACGUACCAUCUCCUCGGCUACACUGGACCAACGCUGUUGGUGAUGACGGAUGCCGAUGGAGCGACGUUCGGCGCGUACGCCGACACCCCGUGGAAAGAAAGCACCAAGUUUUUCGGAGGCCCAGGGUGCUUUUUAUUUCGCACGACGCCGUCGUUUUUGUUGUGCCCCGCGACAACGGGCGCCGCCUCCAACUACAUGUAUUACAACACGAAGGGAGUUGUCCUGCCGCGAGGUCUGGGAUUUGGAGGCACGACGUCGAAGUGCCGAUUGUUUCUCGAUGACGAACUGGACGACUGCACGUCUGCGCUGAAGUGCGGUUCGUACGAGCCAGGCGCAGUCGCCAUGAAAGGAUCGUUUCGCAUUCAAAUGCUCGAGGUGUGGGGCUGCGGCGGCGACGAAUGCAAGCUCGCGCAGCAUCACUACCGCGCAGACACGGCGGAGCUGAUCAACCGAGCGCGUAAAGUCGACAAGGCGCAGUUUGCAGGCAACGCGUUUGAUCGCGAGAUGUUCCUUAGCAAGACAUUUUCCAGCGGUGCCGACGGCAUUCGCCUCGCAGACGACGAGCAUUAACACGAGCAAUGUAUCGAGUUCGGUCAUUGCAGUCGAGGAGCCCCCACCUCGCAUGCGAGAGUGCCUUGAGGGGAAUUGCUCGUCAAGGAAAUUCACAACCACUCCCACGAACACGUACAUGAUGUAGCCGAGAGGAGCUCAUGACUGUCAAGUCGACUGUGGCAAACGAGCUGAUCAACUCGUUCGGCCUCGAUGCGCCACUGGACGCCAUCACCAACCGCCGCUCUGUCGGAUAUAGCACGUGGAGGGGCCAUCCACGAUGCUCGUGCAAUAGCUUUGGUGCGCUUUCGUCUACUUCUUCUGAAGCAGUUGUGCAUGGGCCAUCCCCUGGCGAGAGCCCCACGAAACGCAACCCGUUCGCACCGCGUGUGAGAAUGUCGACAAGCAGCGACGACGAUGGCAUCCGUAGGUCGCAAAGUCCACGAGGAUGGCGCAUGCAGCGCCAUAUGUGGAGCUGGGAGGUGCAGUGCGACGGCCCUAAGCUGUUGCGAGACUGUAAUUGAUCGACACUUGCAC